UAUGUUCUGUCCUCGCCCCCCUGUGGAUCAAGCACAGGCCCGGCAAUCGCAGCGGCGGCGAACAUGGCGGCAGUGACGCUAGGAACAGAAACCGACGGGUCCAUACUCUGCCCAUCCUCGUUGAACUCCGUGGUAGGAAUCAAGCCGACGGUGGGACUCACGAGCCGGGCCGGCGUCAUCCCCGUCUCUCCGCGGCAGGACACAGUCGGGCCGAUCUGCCGCACAGUGGCUGACGCCGUCCACGUGCUCGAUGCGAUCGUGGGCUACGACGAACCUGACGCGGUGGCUACGGGAGCAGCGGCCAAAUACAUCCCUGACGGUGGAUACGCGCAGUUCCUCAAGAUGGAUGGGUUGCGGGGCAAGCGAAUUGGCGUCCCAGCUGGGUUCUUCGGCUUCCCAGAUGGAUCCGUCAGGCAGAUGGUGUACCAGCAGCACCUCGACACGCUCAGGCGACAUGGAGCGGUGGUGACAGAGGACCUUUCGAUUGCGAACCUGGAUGUGAUACAGAACGCCACUGUGAGUGGGGAGCUGGCAGCUCUAGCAGCAGAGUUCAAGAUCGCCCUGAACGCAUAUCUGUCGUCCGAUCUGUCACGCUCCCCCGUGGCCUCCCUGGCUGAACUAAUAGUGUUCAACAAUGCGCACCCGGAUGAGGAGAUGCUCAAACAGUUCGGGCAACUCAUCUUCUUGGUGGCCCAGAACACCACCGGCAUCGGCGCGGCAGAGACGGCGGCGAUCCAGCAGCUGGACGAUCUGACGGCGGGUGGCGUGGAGAAGGUGAUGCGGCAGCACCAGCUGGAUGCCAUCGUGGCGCCAGACUCGAGCUCGGCCACGGUCCUCGCCAUCGGUGGCCUCCCUGGGAUCGCCGUUCCGGCUGGCUACGAUGAGCUGGGAGCACCCUUUGGUAUCACCUUCGGCGGGCUCAAGGGCUAUGAGUCAAGGCUGAUUGAGAUCGCGUAUGCGUUUGAGCAGGCUACUAAGGCAAGGAAGCCUCCCAUGUUCAAGAACUAGAGAACAUAUAUACAUAUAUAUAUACUAUUCACCAUCUAAGGUGAUGAAUUCAACA